AUGACGAUAGAGGUGAUUUGGAAAAACCGUAAUAAUAUAGUGUGGAAUAACGAUCGAGAGGGAUUCUCUAGAAUGGGAUUGCAAGCCUUCUUUAAUUGGCAAGAGUGGUUUACCGCCCAAGAUAAUCAGAAUAGAAGUUCGAAUGCUCAUACUCCUGUAAACUGGUCCCCUCCUAGUGAAGGGUGGGUUAAAUGUAAUGUUGAUGCUGGUUUCAAUAAAACUUACAGGUCCACAAAUAGAGGGUGGUGUUUUCGUGAUGCCAUGGGUAGAUUCAUUAUGACCGGCAUUGCUUGGGAUAUCGGUAAUUUAUCGCCUUUAGAGGCGGAGGCUUUAGCCUUGAAAGAAGCGGUUCAACAUGCUGUCUCUUUGAACAUGAACUGUGUGAUCUUUGAAAGCGACUCUCAGUUGGUUAGUAAAGCGAAUAUGGUUGCCGACUCUUUAGUUAAGGCGGCCAAUUCAAGGUCUAGGCGUAAUAUCUUUAAUGUAAUUCCUCCUUGUAAUGAAGUUCAUUUGAUUAAUGAUAUGAGUUAA